GCCAUCGAUGUUCCGACGAUGUCGACUCUGCGGCGUCAAGCUGGCGAGACCGCCAUACCUCAAAACGUCGUCGAGAAGAUCCAAGGGAUGGUAUCGUGUGAAGAGCUUCCCUCGAAUACGACAUGCCCAGUCUCCGGAUUGCCGGCCGAUACCAAAGUUUACCUGCACGCCGAGUGCGAACGGACAUACACCAAGCAUAGCGGCCCGACAGGCGGCGCCGAUCGUUACUUCAUCGCCCUGAUCCUGCUCGGCUGGUUCUGGGCCGCCAUCUACCUAGUCGGUCGAUACAUCUUCGGCCGCAAAUCAUCGGUCGAAGAAUUUGGUCGAGACGUCGGCGUCACGUUUCCCUUGUUAAUCGCAGCCACGGCUCAAGAACAAUUCAUGGGCACACGCAAUCAAAAGAAGCUGAAGCAAUGGAUGCAAUCGACUCCUAUCUAUGCCGAGCUUUUGGAAGAAUACCCCAGCGGACACAACGUUUCAUCGAAGCAGGCGAACCUGAUGAAUGGAGAAGAUACGCCGCGCAGCCUUCUAGUUCAUGGCGACCGUCUUCGCGCAUUUCGCCAAGCUGUCAAGCUUACGCAAGAGGAAGCCGCCAAUCGAUCCGGCUACACCGAUCGCCUUAUUCGCAAGCUCGAGCGGGGCGGCCCCGUUAAUCUUCAAACGUUGCGGGACGUGCUCGACGCCUACUCCGAGUUGUCCGCGGAGAUUCGUGCGGUGCAUUUGGAAGAACUGAUCAUCCAGCAUCGCACGCCAGAUCAGCUGAUUCGUGAAUGGUUCGAGCGUGUCUUUAAUCAGCGUGAUUUCUCCGCGAUCGACGAGCUGAUGCACCCCGACGUGGAACUCUUCGCCGAAGGAGAAACACGGCACGGCCAAGAAGUUAUUCGCCAACGUAUCGCGGCGUUGCUGGGCGCCUUUCAGCCAUUGAAGAUCACCGUCGAGAGCAUCGUGACCGGUCCGGAUCACGUGGUCGCCUACUGGCACGUCGUCACAACACAUUCUGGCGAAUUUCUCGGCAUCCCCGCAACCGGCAAAGAAAUCGAACUCCGAGGAAGCUCCUACGCCCGCUUCGUCAACGAACAAAUUAUCGAGGCCCGAGACCACUGGGAC